GAGGCCUCUCCUUGCUCCGGAGACACACGGAUUGUUCGUGGCUCCGGACUGGUUACCCUUAAUUCUCACGGGGACUCAUCUAUAAAUAUGUGCCAUUCGGUGCAUCAAGGUAACCCUACGAUAGAAACCAUCCGCGCUCUCCAACAGAACAAAAGGUUUCUUUUCCGUUUAUAGCUUCUAAACCAAUCGACACUUAAGUCAAUCCGCAAGCUCACCAUGAACUCCUACACCUUCAACAUUGCCCUAAACGGGGCGGUCCACGCACGCAUUUCCGACCCGACAACCCCUCAAAACAAACCCCUUCUCGUCUUCCUGCACUACUGGGGCGGCUCAUCCUCGACAUGGUACAAGCUCACAUUCCCCGACUCCGCGACAUCUCUGAGCGACAAAUACACCAUGGUGGCAAUUGACCUACGCGGUUGGGGCCAGUCAACCGGACCGCUCGACGGAGCCGACGAAAGCCAGUACUCCAUCGGCCCAAUGGCGUCGGAUGUGGCCGGACUCUUACAGCACUUGCAUGCCAACAAUGACACCCGGCACCUUUUCGCGCACGGCGUGGUGCUAACAGGCCACUCGAUGGGCGCCAAAGUCGCCCUGGCCACCUUAACACUCCUUCGUACCCACCUCCUAGACCUCGUCAAGGGCCUGGUGCUCAUCGCCCCGGCACCGCCGACGGCUCUGCACUUGCCGUCCCAUAUGAAGGAGCAGCAGAAGGUGGCAUACGAAACAAAAGAGUCAAUCACGUGGUCAGUGGAAAAUGUACUCGGGCAUUUGGACCGAUUGAGCAAGGAGGACAUGAAAAUGAUUGUUCGGGACAGCCUGGGCGGAAACCCACUGGCGAAGAUGGCAUGGCCGCUUGUGGGCAUGGCGGAGGAUAUAACAGCCGAUCUGAAGAAGGUCUUGUUAUUUAGCGGCCGACUCCAGGGAUUACGGGUGAGGAUCUUGGUAGGCGAAGUCGAUCCGGUCGAGACAAAGGAGCGAGUUGACCAGGAAGUCGCUUCUUUUCUUGCGGCUCGUGGCCUUGAUGUCUCUGUCAAGGUUGUUCCUGGCGCUAGACAUUUGAUCCCCUUGGAAGCGCCGGAGGCUGUUCAACGCGAAUUGCUGGAAUUCUGAUCUGGAC